UCUCAUGACUGACUGCCAGUAUUUUACAUUCCCUUACAACCAUACACGUCACUGUAGGUGACUGUGUCCAUUUUUUUUUAAACUUCUGUUUGUUUGGAGAGAGCCAGUAUUGCUAGUUUCCCUGUCUUUGGUUUAUGAGAUGCGUGGAAGGCAACCAAACCAGUCGGAUGGCAUUGCAUCAUUAACAUAUUUUCUUGGGGUGUAAAAACCCUUGUCCUAAUCCUUUGGGCUCAUUUCUCUUUGAGCAGCCCAUAGAGACAGGCACCCAGAGCAAGGCAGAGGUGAACACUCACUCAUCUUGGCUGGUCUCCUGUCCCCUAACUCCAAGCCAUCAUGGCUUACUCUGCCCCUCAGUCCUACGUGGAUAAAUCCUACAUGGACCGGACGUACAGCAAGUCGUACCGGGACAGUGCUUACACUGGUGCGUACGACGAGAAAGCCGGCAAGUCAGUGAACGAAAGCAUCUAUGACGACCAGGUGGCGAAGGAGAAGAAGGAACGCAGCGAUGCGAUUUGCUGCGACGUGGUGUCUCUGGUCAUCGGCUUUGUGGGCCUGAUCGGCGUGGCGGCCGUCACGGGCCUGCCCAUGUGGAAGGUGACGGCCUUCAUCGAGGAGAACAUCAUCGUCAUGGAGACACGCUGGGAGGGCCUCUGGAUGAACUGCUACCGGCAGGCCAACAUCCGCAUGCAAUGCAAGGUAUACGACUCGCUGCUCUUCCUGCCGCCCGACCUCCAGGCGGCCCGGGGCCUGAUGUGCAGCUCCGUGGCGCUGACCUGCUUCGCCUUCGUGGUGUCCGCCGUGGGCAUGCGCUGCACCCGGCUGGUGGACUCGCGGCCGCGCACCAAACACAUCGUGCUGGUGAGCGGCGGCUGCCUGUACCUCUUGGGCUGCGUCACCACCAUCAUCCCCGUCUCGUGGACCGGCCACGUCAUCAUCCAGGACUUCUACAACCCGCUGCUGAUCGACGCCCAGCGCCGCGAGCUCGGAGAGGCGCUCUACAUCGGCUGGGUGACCUCGGCGCUCCUCUUCACGGCCGGGGUGAUCCUCCUGUGCCGCCACGCGCCCCGCACAAAUGAGGAGGAGAAUCCCAACCAGGUGAUCUACAGGGCCCAGCAGCCAUACACCUACCAGCCUUACUCCCAAUACCCGCCCGGAUACUACCAGCCUGGCUACCAGCCUGCCUACCAGCCUGCCUACCAGCCUGCCUACUCUGCUCCUCCACAGGGAUCUAUGGUAUACACACCAGUGCAGUACACCUGAGAAGAGGGUGACAGAGGGUGACUGUGAUGGAUUGUGACUGUGGCAGGGUGUGUGACAGCUUGCAGUGAAGCCAGACUGCAGUGAGAGAACAGGGGAGAAAUGGCAUUAAAACAAAGCAGUGGACCCUGUUUUCCUUUAGGUUUUUGUGUGUAGCAAUUUAACGUAUCUCGGUAAGCCAAUCAGCGUUAUACGUUCAUAUCAUACUCUCUGCUUUGUUGUUUCCCUGUUGUGAUUUCACAUGUUGAGGCCUUGUUAGGGUAAAUUAACUUUGCACAGGACUUUCAAUGUCUUAGUUGUGACUUGUGCUUGUGUUUGGUGAUAUUAUGUUGAUGAGUAUGACCACUGCAGCCUGUCGAAGUAAGCCUGUGUUUACACUGACUACCCCUCCUUCGCCAUGACGACUUGAGGCACUGCAUUGCAAUUUUGACCAAAUUUGCAUGUAUAUAGUUUAGAUUUGUUUUGUUUUCGCAUUUUUGUACAUUGUAUUUUAGGCACUGGUCCAUGUGGAUCUCAAAUCAACAUAAAGUGAAAAGAUUUGAAAAAGUUUCAGUGUGGUGACUAAUUGAUGCAUAACCUUAAGGUUGCUUACUGUAGGCUAAACCCCUUACCUGAGCGGAGGCUGAACCUGUUGGACCUGUUCAUGGCUUUUCGUCGUCAUCCUGUCUGAGUGAAAAUAAUCCAUUUAGAAUUGUCACUGGAAAGGUAUGAGAAGCAGCCUAGCUGGUAGACACACCUGCUUCAGGAAGUACACCAGGACAGAUGAAAAAAUGGCUUCCAAGAAAUCUUUGAUCUGUUUGAUAUAAUGAAUGUAGAUUUAAUGAAAGGAAUCAUAUAAGCAACGGAAUAAUGUUACAGACCAGUUCAAAUUAAUAGAAACAAAAAAUAAAUGAAUUUGUUAAGCUUCUAAUGUCUCCUUGGGUAUUCGUCACUUAUUGAUUUUACAGACAGUACGUGCAGGAAUGUGUCAACAAUAUGGAGAGAGUCUCUGUUUACCAUAGAACCAGAAUAAACAAAUAUCUCUGCCUAAAUUCAAAAGUAUUCUUCAAACAGAGAAUCAUUCAUUGCUGUAGCACAGGAUCAUAGAUACCAAUAACUAACUGAAUAAAUGAUGCCCCUCAAAACACUUUUACACAGUAACACACAAUUUUUACAAAGUACAAAGAUGGUAAAUAAAGGUUUAAAAAAAAAAAAAACAUGUAAGUAAAGUAUAAUGCACCAAGAGAAAAGAGGACUAGCUACCACCAUGGUUAAAAACAUGACUUUGUACAGUCCUGUUAACCCACUAUGUAGCAGUAAAGAGAGACUCAAAAGGAAGCAAAUACUUAUUUACACAAAUUUGAAGUUUGGAGCUGAGUUCUAAAACUCUAAGGACACUUACCCGUGCCUUUGUUAUUUAUUAGACCUACAUCCACUCUGGUCUGUCAUGGUAACUUAUUUAAAUAUGUCAGAACAAAAUACACCACAAAACACACAAUAUGUCAGGUGUCUCUCAUGUUAUUUACUUUGUCUCUUGU